CGAACUGCCCACAGUGUGACUGUCUUCUGCCCUGCUCUGUGCCCAUUUUGGUUCUCUGGCUGUGCAGCUCAGUUCACUGGAGAGACAUCCUACUCAAAAGAUCCAGAUAAAAGAAAAUCUUGAAGCUAACAGCACAGGUCUGACAGAUGGAAAACUCAGCUGAGCAGUCUCGGUGGGUGUCCCCCAACUUGGUUAGUUCUGACCCACUGGUGCCCUUUAGCUCAGAGCCAGGCAUAUUGCCACCUGAGGAAGAUGGAGAGCCUUUCUACUCCAGCUCUGACACAGACUUCCCAAGUCUGCCUUCAUACUUUUCCACAGGAAAUCAGGGUCGAGCUUCAUCGGCCUACAGACAUAGCCCAGUUCGCCAGGUUUACUCUUCGCCAUCGCUCCUCACCAACAUCCAGUGGCUUGAUGGCUCUGGAGGACACUCGCUGAGUUCUCCGUACAAUCCGCCUUCCUCAGUUUGGACAGGAAAUCCUUUUGCAAAGACAGCAUUUCAUCCCCAAACCUCCACAUCCCUGUAUACCUCAAACGCUACCUCUUCCUUCACUUCGUCCAAAGACGGCUUUCCCUCGCCCAGCCAAGACGGUAAGGAGAGCCCCAGACAGCAAGAGCCUCUGAAAGCUGAGCGGCUAAGUCCGAUGAGCGGGGGUGGGAGCAGUUUCCUAAAUUUAAAUUCAGCUGCAGGUGGAGUGUACGCACCUUCCCCUCACUCACACAUGCUGAGUCCCUACAGUUCGUACAUGGCAUCGCCCCAAGACUACGGCACAGCAGCCCUGUACUCCUCCCCAGGAGCCUGGAUAAACCCCUCAGCCUAUUCACCCAAACUACGCAAUAAAAUGAGACUUUCCCCUCCUGAGGCGCGUGAAUGUGUUAACUGUGGGGCCACUGCCACCCCUCUUUGGCGCCGUGAUGGAACAGGCCACUACCUCUGCAAUGCUUGUGGACUCUAUCACAAGAUGAAUGGCCAGAACAGACCCCUGAUUAGACCAAAGAAGAGACUGAUUGUCAGCAAACGAGCAGGAACCCAGUGUGCCAACUGUCACACCAGCACCACCACCCUGUGGAGGCGCAAUGCCAACGGGGAACCUGUGUGUAAUGCUUGUGGGCUUUACUUUAAACUCCACAAUGUAAACAGGCCUCUAACUAUGAAGAAAGAUGGCAUACAAACACGGAACCGCAAAGUGUCCAACAGAAACAAAAAGGGCAAGAAGAGCGGAGCGUCAGAAGCUUUCUCAGACAUGAGCCACGUCCCUCCGACUGAUGAGCACACUGGCCCCUACUCUCUGGCCCCAGGGCCUCUCCUCUCGUACAGCCACACUCCACACCUACUACCAACUGCCGGUCUCCACCCAUCCUCCACUCUGUCUUACCCACACCACCCAAAUUCUGGCAUGGUGCCCACACUGGUCUGAGUCAUGCUCCAGGAGGCCAGGACUGGGCUACCCCUAACUUCUGUAUAUUAUCUACAGUAUCUUGUCACUAGAGCAUACUACUGAAAACCUCUGGGACUACUGCACAUAGAUUUUUUGGCUGAGCAGUAUGCUGGUUUUCCAGAUAUGUUGUGUUAAAAAUGUAUACAGAUGAUUCAAAAAGCUGUCUGUAUUCUGUAACCAUGAUCUUGUCAUCCAGUGAACACCGCUGAAAUGAAGUAACCAUAGACCAUGCAGAGAAAUUAACAGAUUUUGCUUUCUAUUUGCU